AGGAUGAGGCUUUCACACUGGGAUAUUGCCAACAGAGGCCGACCCUCAAUAACCUGUUAAUUGUCACGGUAUGAAAGAGGCCUGUCAUCUGAACAAGGCGCUUUCAUCCUUUAUCAGGCAGGAAAAAUUUCCUGACAAGGGCUUCUCAAGCACAGUUGCACGCACACGCAUUCCAGUGUCAGUCGCGCUUGCGCGAUGAAAUCUAUAUUGCAGUUAAAAACAGACACAUUCAACAGAAGUAUAUUAUUUACGAGCAAAACGAGCCGCACACUUCGUGCAACAUAAUCAUGAGCUCGAAACCUUACCGUGUUGGUCAAUGGAUUCCUUCUGACCAGAAAGUUCUUGACAAAUGGUUAGACAACUUGAUCACAGAAGUCAAAAGUAAAUCCAAAGAUAAGUUGGCGUUAUUGAUGGCUCUUCAUCCGCCGGCUGAAGAUGAAGAGACGGCUAGAGGUGGAAAUCAGCUAGCAGUUGCUCACGGUACAGAGGAAGACCUCUUUCUCCAUCCGCCGGUUCAAGAAUUAUUGAAAGCUAUCAUCUCCGAUCCCGAGAUCAACAUGUUUUUCCAUCAGAUGUUCUGGCAACAGUACAAGAAUCCAGAUAGUUCGAAAGGGACGAGGAUCCCUUGCUGGCAACUGAUGAUUAUUUUAAUCGACUACAUCAUGACAACAGCUCCAGAGUACAACAAAACUGGUUUGGUUGGCUUCCCCAUUAAUGUAAUCCUGAACUGGCCGAUGGCCACGACUGCUGGAUUUGCUGCUUUCCUCAACGACAAAGUCAACACGUUGUUCAAAAGUAUUCUCAACUAUUGGGGAAAGUUUCUUUCCAGUUCUGCCUCUUGUUACGUGUUGACUGAUGAUCCUCGUCAUGGUUGGUUUGGUGAAGACGCAAUGCAAGCAAUGCCAGACUUCGACAAAGAUUUCAAAUGCAAGCCUAAUGAAAAACAUCAUGGUUUUACAUCAUGGGAUGAUUUCUUCACCAGAGAGUUUCGUGAUAACCGUCGUCCAGUAGCAUCUCCGGACGACGAUUCCAUUGUUGCGAAUGCUUGUGAGUCGGCGCCAUAUCAAAUCUCUGAAGCCGUGAAAAAGAGGGACUUCUUCUGGAUAAAGCACCAACGAUACUCAUUGGACUUCAUCCUAAACAUGAGUGACCUUGCCAAGCAAUUUCAUGGUGGAACCGUCUACCAAGCGUUCCUAAGUGCCACUAGUUAUCACCGAUGGCACAGUCCUGUGUCGGGCACUAUUUACAGGACAGAACUCAUAGAUGGUUCUUAUUAUUCUGCGACCCACAACAUCCAGGAUGACCCUGCAUCACCCAACAUGUCACAAGGAUACCUAGCCCAAGUAGCUGCCAGAGGUAUUAUCUACAUUCAAGCUGACAAUCCCGACAUUGGCUUGAUGUGCUUCGUAUCAAUCGGUAUGUCAGAAGUGUCCUCCAACGAAAUCACCGUUAAAGAAAAGGAUAAAGUGAAGAAAGGUGACCAGCUCGGCAUGUUUCACUUUGGCGGCUCCACGCAUCUACUGAUAUUCCGCCCAGAAGUAAAUGUCCUGUUUGAUACGAGAAAUCAAACGCCAGGUCUGGAUGCCGAAAAUAUUCCAGUUAAGUCGAAAAUUGCGACCGUACGUCCAGCAGGCAAAUAGAAGCGGUGAGGAUUUUGAUAAACAUUGCACUUAAGUGUGCUUUAGAUGCUAAUACCCUAAUCUCAUAGGAGAAACUGGAAUUUAAAUAGGUUUGAGGAUGCAAAAAGAAAUUUUCUUUCAUUUAUGGUUAUAGAUUUUCUGUCUGGAACAAAUUCAGUUUGUUAAAGAUAGUUCAGCUGGUGUCACCUAGUAUCUUAGCCAUGGACAAUUUAGAAAAAAUCAAGAGACUUGAGAUGAAAUUUAAAUUUGCAGUGUGGACUCUUUGAGUCAAAAUCGGAAGGCAAGUUGUUUAAAUACAACUCGUGGCAGGAGGAAAUAUGAUUGAUGAUAUAUUUUCAAAACGAAGUAAUAGAUCGAGCACAUUCUCAAUGGUUGGAUCACUUAGCCAUUUCCCUGUUGUCGUGGCAUGUGCGACGCAGAUUCUUAAUUCAAGAAUAAAAAAAUCUUAAAUUU